UAAAAAAAUUGGCCUGACUGAAUGCUGAAAUAAUAUUUUCAUGUUAAUUUCCACGUUCAAUUUAUUAAUAAAAUGAUUCCACGCCUAUCUCGUUUUAUAGACGUAAUUCGUCGAAUUGAACAUAAUGUUCUAAACAGUUUUUUCGGACAGCCACCAAAAGAGCUGGCGUUAGCCUAUGUCCAUAAUCCUGCGCCGUUAGCACCCAGAAAGUUUUCACUACAAGAUAUUAUUGGUGAUGGUUUUUUGAUGGCAGUUCCAAAAUUUAGGAGAACUAUUGAGAAGCGUUUGAAAAGGAAGUUUGGUUCACCACAAUAUGUACUAAAGAUAUUACAGCCUAAAACAAACAUUCUGGUGUGCAAAGAAUGUGGCCAUCACUAUGAAUCGGGAAGACUUUGUGGACACUGCUACAAAAAAAUUGAAAGUGAAACUAAAGAAAUACAAGAGAAAAUAGUUGAAAAAUUGAGUAACAGCCCGAUUGACAAAGAAGUAAUUGUACUUUAUGAAGGAGAAAAUGUCCCAGAUCAGCCCAAAGAAUUCUGGAAAGGCAAAAGGAUUAUAGAAAUGAAAAAGGAAAGACCACAUUGGUUCAGCAAAAACUUGCUGCAAAAGUCUACACAAGAACCUUCAGAUUCUAAAGAUGUAAAACCCACAGAUUUAGCAUAGAGUAUGAAAAAAAACUUAAGUGUUAGAUUAGUUAUCAUUAAUCAUUGAUAAAAUAAAAUAAAAGGGUUAAUCUCA